AUGUCAAUGACUUUGGGUAGACAUAUUUUUGAUAAAUAUGAUUUGGAUAAGGAUGGCACAAUAUCAUUUGAUGAUUUAAAAGUUUUAUGUGCUGAACAUUGUUCUGAAUUAACUGAUCGCGAAUUUGAAUGGUUAAAAACUUAUGUAGAUAAAGAUGGAGAUAACAGCAUAUCGUAUGCCGAAUUUGAACAGUUCUGGAGAAAAAAAAAUCGUUUUGCUAAUGCGAAACUGAAUGCUAAGCAACUAAUGAUUAUUGAUAAAAUUAUGGAAAUAUUUCAGGCGUAUGACAAGGAUAAAUCCGGUGAAUUAGAUAAAAAUGAAUUUCUUCGAUUGAAAAACGAUUUAGUUAAAGCAGGUUUAAUACAACGGACACAUGCUUUCGAAUUUGAUGAAAUUGAUCUAUCAAAAAAUGGAACAAUUAACUUUAAUGAGUUUAUUGCUUGUUUAAUUAACAUUAAUAUACUAAGUGGAGUGGGUAUUGAAUAG